AGUCGCCGCGGCGUUAUCUGCAGAUGCCCGCGCAAAGCCCCCAGCAACCACCGCGCAGCAAUCAAGGCGUAGGACCCAAAAGCACCGCCGCACACGCCGUCUGACAAACCCCGUACUCAGCGUUGCACGCCACGAUCGCCGGCGGAGCCGCAGCCGCAGCCACGGUCCCGAACACAAAGCCCGCGGCGGAGCAGCCAGCUUGACACACGCCGUAGCUGAUCGGGCCCGCUGCGACGGAUGGCGCAAGCAGUAGUCUGCCGGCGAGAAGUGCGGGAGUGUGGGAGAUGCGCAUGAUGGUGUUUUGGGCUGUCAACGAGCGGAACGUGGAUGGUGAAGUCGAUGCAUCAGCAGAUGCGCCUGGCGCUUUAUACAGACGAAGACGCGUUUGUGGAAACACUGGAUUGCGGAAACCGAAUAAGCGAACUCGGGAGAAGCGCGGAUGCAACGCUUUGCCCGUCUUCGUACUCACGGCGUGGGCUUUCUCGCGUCCUCCUGUGGUAUCUCUUACUCACGCACUCCACCGCGCUCGCCGCAUUCCCAACCGCAAAGCAUUAGCUCUUCUCAAGUCUUCCCUCCAAAUAGCUCGGCAGACUCUCAGCCCAGAUUUGCUCGUCAAGCACUCCCCAUGCCGUUUCCAUCUCUGUCGAACGUCUGAAUGUGCGGAUACUUCGUCUUCUGAUUGCGCUCAGGGACCAUCUUCUCCAGGCCUCGGACGAACGAGGAGUAACCGUUUCUGACGCCGUCUGUGUCUGGAUUCUCUUCGGAAACUAGGAGGGGAGACUGUGAACGUCGGCGGCGAGCUUGCUUCGCUCAAGAUCACUAUUUGGGAGGAUCUUAUCAGCUGAAUGAAGCAAGCACG